UGAUAAAGUAGAUAAAUGUCCGACAAAAUACUUAUAUACUAGUAACAAAAAGAGGAUAAUUAAAAGGAAAUAAUGAAUCAGCAACAAAAGUGCAGACACAUUUCACUAUAAAUAACUACAGAGAAUGCUUUUCAAGAUAAAAUCUGAUAAACAUGUGAUUAUUAUAACACUUUAGUGUGUCCAUAGUUUUAGUUUUCGUUGGCGACAUGUAUCGUAAUGUUUCAUUACCUGCUUUGCCCGCUAACUUCAACACUUCACGGAAUACUGUCGCACCUUGUUUUUCUCCUGCUAGCACUUAUCGACAAUCCUAUAAAAGAUAGUCACAUGAGAAGAAUAUGGUUUGUAGACGAUCGUGACGGUGCUGGACGGCAAUUUUUUUGACAUAUUUUGUCAUUUGACUGUGGCCAUGCAGGAGCACCACCUUUUAGUUGAGCAAAUCAACCCCAGGACUUAUUCUCUGAUUUGAUUUCAAAAGGAACAAAUUUACCAACAGACAACUGUUGGUAAGUUGGAAUCAAGAAUCUUGUUUGACAGACUUCUCAAAAUCAGAAAAAUAAGAAACCCUUUUAAUUUGUAAUCUUCAGGAGGAAUCUUAUAAAAAUAUGCAGAGAAAUUUUGGAAUAAAGCCAUUUUAUUGUGAAAUAUGCGAAAAAGAUUUUUUACACAGCAGUGACUUGAAAUUUCAUAUGAGGACUCACAAUGGAGAGAAAUCUUUCAGUUGUGAUAUCUGUGGAAAGGUAUUCUCACAAAACUCUAAUUUAAGGAAGCAUAUUAAAACUCACAGUGGUGAGAAACCUUACCGGUGUGAUAUAUGCAGAAAAGAAUUUUCCAGAAAUUCUCUUUUAAGCCGUCAUAUAAGAACUCACACUGGAGAAAGACCAUUCCACUGUGAUAUUUGUGGUAAAGAUUUUGUUGAUAAUUCAACAUUAAAGAGGCACAUAAGGAUUCAUACUGGUGAAAAACCAUUCUGUUGCCAAAUCUGUGGGAAAGAAUUUGCUCGAAAUUCUCAUCUAAAAGAACAUAUAAAAACACAUACUGGAGAAAAACCUUAUCAUUGUGAAAUAUGUGGCAAAGAUUUUUCUCAAAGUUCCUAUUUGAAGGAACAUAUAAGAACUCAUACAGGUGAAAAACCCUAUCAUUGUGAGAUAUGUGGUAAGGAAUUUUCGAGAAAUUCCCAUUUAAAAGAACACCGCAAAACACAUUCUAGAGAAAAGAGUUUUCUCUGUCAAAUAUGUGACAAGAGUUUCUCCCAAAAUUCUCAUUUAAAAGAACAUAUAAAGUCACACACUGAAGAUAUUCUAGAAAGUUGCUAAUUUUUAUUCGUAUUAAAAAAAUUAUAUGUAUUUAAUUUUAAAUAUUUAUGUUUUUAUGUGAGGGAAAAAUAGUUAGCAUUCUCAUGUCAAAGAUGGACACAAAAGCGCUUGGAUAUGAUGAAAAAUUAAGUCAUCGUCUUUGUUUU